GGAAGUGCAGACACAUUUCACAAAUCUACGAUCUGUAAUGGCACCAUCAUAUCACAACCCAUGGCCAAUCAGACCAUCAUAGUUCUGACACCAAAUGGCAUCAACUUUCCCAAAACGGAGGAUCCCAAACCCACCAACCAGAGGCAAGACAGCCUAGAGAAACAUCUAAAGGCAGAUGUCAAAAUUCUUGGGACCAUCCAGAUCCUGUGUGGGGUGAUGGUGUUGAGUUUGGGAAUUAUUUUGGUAUCUGUUCCCUCUUCUCCACAAUUUGCCCCGACGCUUUCCGCCCUGUUGAAGGCUGCUUACCCAUUCAUAGGAGCCUUGUGUUUUGUCAUUUCUGGAAUUCUAUCAAUCAUCAUGGAGAAAAAGUCAACUAAGCCUUUGGCUCAGAGCAGCGUGGCUGCAAACAUUCUGGGUUCUCUGUUUGCUCUUAUGGGUUUUAUUCUCCUCUCGGUCAACCUGGCUGCUUUGGAUCCUGCCUUUUGGAAGUGUGAAUUGAACAAAGAGGACAAAGCACCUAUAGGGGAUUACUUUUACCAUUAUAUGCACCCAUAUAUUAAGAAUGAAUGUUUCAUGGCCAAAACUACUCUGGCUGGAACUCUGUCUGUGAUGCUAAUUUGCACGGCACUGGAGUUCUGCCUGGCCGUGCUCGCUGCUCUGGUUUGGUGGAAAAAGGCUCACUCCAACUUCACUGGGAGUGUGCUUUUCUUGCCUCAGAGUUACAAGAAUAAACCCUUGGCAAAACCCUUAAAGGCAUCUUCUGACCCUGGAUACGAAGAACUAUUGACUUCUUAG